UUUCAAAGCUCCCCAAGUGCCCCGGUCCCGGUUGCAGGCUCCCAUCGCUCUGCCCAUCAGCCGGCCCUGCUUCAGCACCUCCAGCAAGCUCCGCUCCGGCCACCACGAGGACGAGACCUUCGAGGAGUUCUCUUCCCGGUAGGUCUCCCCCAUUUUCGCUUGCCAUUGGGUUUCGAUCGACAUUCGCCGAACGCCCUCCCCUUCCGAGGCUAUAUGAUCUAGGGGUCGGGAUCGGAUUAGAUUGCCGUAUCCUUUCUCCCCGAUAAAUUCGCCCGAGGGAUUUAAUCCGCUGAUCCCAAUGGUCACUAGGUUCGAGAAGGAAUUCGACACCGUCCAGGAUGUCUUCGAGCUCCAGCGUAACCUGAACAACUGCUUCGCUUACGAUCUCGUCCCCUCCGUGGAGGUCCUCACCGCUGCCCUCAAGGCCGCCCGCCGGGUCAACGACUACCCUACCGCCGUCCGCGUCUUCGAGGGUAUCAAAGCCAAGGUCGAGACCCCCGAACAGUACAAGCAAUACCUCGAGAGCCUGGAAGGUCUCCGCCAGGAGCUGGGCGUCGCUCUUCGCGAGGAGCUCUACCCCGAUGAGCAGUAAACUCGCUCAUUCCACUGCCAUCAUAGUAGCCUGUGAUUUCUUGGAGGGGGAUAAGCAUAUAACAAGCAACGUCUGUUGACGUGCUGUUGUUUUGCUUGGUUCUCUGUGGUUGUGGUUGUGUUUUUUUGUAUCGG